CCAAAUGUUCAUGUCAGAACAAAUAACCUUACUGCUGUGAUCUCAUAUUUUAUUCUACAAUCUACCUAUGCAACAUCUGUUUCUUCCUGUGUUUAUAUAGGCACAAUGCCGCUAUAAACGCAGAACCGAAAUCACAACGAAACUCGAAGCCAUGGAGAGAACUAGAUUCAACCGAAACAGUUUUGCCAAUGAAGCUAAAGUUGCUGCAGGCUCACCAAAUGGCCUGCAACAGAAGAAAAUAACCGGAAACAGGCGAUCUGUGGCGGAAAAACAAGCGCCUGACCUGACUGAUUUCAUGAAUGACAUGUUUUUCGGCACAGCACCUAAGGAAAAGAAAGUGUACAACCUGACAGGCAGCGAUAAGGAGGAUGGAAGUUCGGAAUAUGAUUAUGAUUCGAGCACAAGAAGUAAUAACAGUAGGUUAACUCAAGAGUGGCUUGAAGAAGCCAAGAGAAUGGUGGCUUCUUCUCCUACUCGCUCCGAAUCGCCUUCUCGCUUUGGAGGAUCACCAAAAUAUGCAAGGCCACAGGCGCAGUACCAGGCACCCAGACUGUCACUGUCUACGUUCGAUAGAAGAGACCCUCACAACAGGUCUGCUCGAAGACAGAGACCUGUGGAUGGGUUUGGAGAAGAAAUAGUGACAAAAACAGUCAAAAACAAGAACGUCACCAACCAAAGCGUCAACGACAACUCUCCUACUAACGCCGUUCAAAAAUGGUUCUCCAACAUUCUCAAACCAUCAGACCCGGCUCCACAACCCGUACCCGACCCGAGCCCUCCUCUCCCUCCACGCAUCUCAACCCACCGUCGCUCCAGAUUCGAAGCCCCACCGUCGCCCUCACCAUCUCAACCCGACCCGAAUGCCCAGUUCCUCCCGCCCCGAACAUCUUUUCACCGUAAAACCCGAUUUCAAUCCGACCCGGCUGUGACCCAGCCACUGGGUAUACCCCCUCAACCACCCACGAAACGGGUCUUCAGCCCGGCUCCGGAUCCGACCCGGUUACUCUCGCCUCCAAAGCACCUGACCGAGUCUUCUCACCGGAGAUCAAUUUCGUCUUCCACCUGCGUUUUGCCGGAAAAACAAGCCCAGCCGCCGGCGGUGGAGUCGGGUCACCGGAGAUCCAUUUCAUCGUAUUCGGAUCAGAACUCUGGUGAAUUGUUGAAAGACAUAAAUGGCUUUUUGAAGGAGCAAAGAGUGAAAAUAAAGAAGCUUAUAAGUGGGGAGAUUGAUGGCACGGCCAAGAUUGUACUCUCUGGCCCUUCUAACAGUACAAGUUCUAUGUUGUCAGCGAUAUGCUAUGCCUGGUUGCUGGGGACUAAAAUGAGAAAUAACAAGGAGGGAGUUGAGGGAGAUGGCAGUUCAGUGGUGGUGUUGCCUGUGAUAAAUGUGAGGAGGGGGAAGAUGUGGAAGCAACGGCAAGCAGCAUGGCUGUUUCACCAUGUUGGGGUUAAUGCCAAAGCUCUGCUUUUUUCUGAAGAGGUAGACUUGGAAGCACUAAUGAUGGCUAAAAAGUUGAGUAUACUUGUGGUCGGUCAGGAUGUCCUUAUAAGUAACAGUGAGGUUGGAUCUCAGUGCACCAUUCUUACGGAUAAUUACUGUGAGGAUGCCUAUGAACUACUUGAUACCCCUAUUCUGAAGAAACUUCUGCUUGCAGGUAUUUUAUUAGACACACAAAAUUUGAACACGUCAACAAAAUUGUCGAUGACGAGAGAUGCGGAGGCCGUCCAGUUGCUAUCAGUUGGUUGUGCCCCCAAUUAUGGGAAUGCUUUAUAUGACCAACUAAUGCAGGAUCAAAGAGAUGGUAAUUUUUUGGAAGCUCUGCGACACAACUACGGAAAGCCUCCUAGUGAGAGUAGCAGAGUACCUGUGGAGCGGCGAACUCCAGAAAGAAAUUCUUACCCUGAAGCAACUGUGCAAACUUUAGAUAAAAAUUUGAACGGUAAAAAUGAAAGAACCAGCAAUGCAACUACCAAUUCAGCUAAUCCUAAACCAGUUGCCACCAAAGCAGUUGAUUCCUCUGGUGCAAAGAAUAAGUUUUCCAUAGGAAAAUGGUUUGGCUUCGGGAAAUAGUAUACAAGAUAUCGACGAUAGUAAUAUGAUGUGGGGAUUCUAAAUUCUUUGAGUUAUUACAUGAUUCAUCACUUAUUAUUUAUUAAGAUGGGGUUCUUCCUUGAUCACUCGUUGGCCUAUGGGGUUCUUCCUGGAUCACUUGUGGGCCUCUACAAUUGGUAGACCAGGUUAUCUUCUUUGUCUUGCCUUUGGAAUUUUACUAGGCAUGUUUUGAGAGGGACAUGAUAAUUAAUCGAAGUAUAUUAUUAUAUUUUGUAUCAAAUAAAAGUAAUGCGUGGAAGGCGGAGCUGGUAUUAUGUAAAAAAGUUCUGUAAGGUUAUAUUGAAAUCUCAGUUUAGAAC